AGUGGAAUAUUAAUGCAUUUUGAAGUGUAAUAGGAAUAACUCAAAUUGGAGACUACGUUAGGUACACCGCAGUCAUCUAAUUCUAAUUUUAAGUUCAUAAGGUACUUUUCUUUAUGCUCGCUGGGUUCUGUUGUGAAUUCAAAUUGAUUUGAGAAUGGGCUGUGCAGUAUCGGGACUGGGUCUAGCCUCUAAACCGUCAGACGAUCCGAAUGAAGAGGAAGCUUCUGCUCCGACUUUAACGGAGCACCAGAUCGAACUGAUCAAAGAAUCGUGGAAACUGAUCCAAGAGGACAUCGCCAAAGUUGGCAUCAUUAUGUUUGUAAGGUUGUUUGAAACCCACCCCGAAUGUAAAGACGUCUUCUUCCUCUUCAGAGAUGUUGACGAUCUUCAGAGGCUGAGGACUAGCAAAGAGCUCAGGGCUCAUGGGCUGAGAGUGAUGUCUUUCAUUGAGAAGAGCGUGGCCAGGAUUGACCAGACGGAGCGUCUUGUGCAGCUGGCCGUGGAGCUCGGGAAGAGCCACUACCGAUACAACGCUCCGCCAAAAUAUUAUGGUUAUGUGGGGACAGAGUUUAUCUCUGCUGUUCAGCCAAUUCUAAAGGAGAAGUGGACUCCAGAAAUGGAGGAGGCCUGGAAGGCCUUGUUCACGUAUGUGACUGGAAUCAUGAAGCAAGGUUACCAGGAGGAAGAAAGAAACAAACAAACCAACCCUUUCACCUCCAGUAAAGAGCAGCUUGAGAAAAAACCCAACGCCCUUUAGGCAACAGAACUGUACACUGCCUUGCUUGAAGGGUGCCCGUGGAGACCGCUUACAGUAUUUGCAAGGAAGUUUCAGCUACAGUCAUCUCUACAGAACAUCAUGAAGCUGAACUAUUUGUCACAUUUGUCUAUUUUUGGUACAGAUAUUUGAGCAGGGAAAACAAAUACAGUACUUUGUGUUUGCAAAGGUAUUUAAAGCUGCAUUCAUUUUAAAAACUGCCAUAGGAACAUUAUUACAGAACAUGUCUUUUCAGUUUCAGGUUUACAAGUAGACGUGGCGGACAGCAAUGCUUUUUGGCUUAGACCCGUUAUUUGUCAUGGAAGGCCUCUGCUGCAGUAUCCACAUUUUUCCCAUACCUUGCACACUAGAAUACUGUGGUUAUCCCAUUAAUACAAGUAAGUGGUUGUAUUCCCUGGAUCUAGCUGUGCUAGUUCUACUUGUAAACCUGUGACAAAAUGAGGGUUAGUUACUAUGUAUUUAACACACAUGAUUUUAAGCAGGGUUUACAUAGAAUUGUAAACUAUACUGAUGGACAGUAUGGAAGCACUUUAAAUCUGGAAGAAUAUCAAUUUCCAAGCUGGUCCUGGAGAAUAGGACACAAAUGUAAAAUUGUUCUUCCUUCAGGAAGAUCUGUAUUUUGUGUUUGAGCAAUAUUUCAGUCGGGCGUCUUGGAGACAGAGGUAGGUUUUUUGCUUUUGGUGUUGGUUUCUAGGAGUAGAAAAUAAAAGCUUGCACCUUGCACUGGAGCAAAUCUAGCUCUUCAAAAUACAACUGAAAUAACAUCAAGACAUAGAGAUGAGUUAAAUAGUGUCUUUAAAAAUGUAGAAUACAUUGUAUUAAAGGUUUGUAUUAAAUGUGCUUAUAGACUUAUAGAUGGCUAGCUGUCUUUCAUAUUUAUUUUAAUUGUAUAUUCUUUUUUUUUGUUGUUUCUUAUUAACAACAAAUAGUAAACUGUUGUAAUUAGUAUAAUACAAUACAGCUAUAUUUCAAACAAAUAUGGAUGCAACAGUAACAAUGCAGUAUGAAAUGGAACCAUUUUUCAAAGAUUUCCUCGAGUUUUAUUUAAACUUAUUUUUCUACUGAAGCUAUUCUAACCUCCGCAUGUCAUACUCACUGAGAAUAAGCUGACACUAUGACAUAUUCCAGGAGGGGCAGCCAAAUGACCCAGUAAAAUAGCUUAAUGUUUACAGUGACCAUUGACAUUAUUUCUAAGGUUACUUUUCAUGACCUUAAUAUUCAUAAACCCUUUAGGCAAGGUUUUUCAGUCUAUGAAAACACAAGAUGACAAAUUAUAUAUUUACUUCAUGACCAAGCAUGGGCCUGCUCAACAGCACCCUGCAUGAUGGAAGGUAAUCAUACUGAAAUGCAAUUCUUUAAAGUAUCAAUAAUACAAAUAUUAUUUAGGAUUCCAUUUAUCAUGCUUCCUUUUCAGUCACAGUAUUUUAUCUUGGUUUUGGUGCUCAGCACUGAAAAUGAGGUUGAGGAAGACGAGAUAAACUUGAAGUGAAGCACUGACAAAGAGAGGUCAGUUUAAAUGUACCCGACCUGAGUACUAUUGAUACUGUAACUGCCACCAACGUGUCUACGUGAUUUCUGGUAAUACCGACAAGGCUUUUCAAUCAAUAAUCACAUAGCACUUUACAUUAGCUUCAGGUGAUAUAGGGGUGAGCCCAAGUUAGUACUGUACUAGCUGUACAGUAUCUGUGUUCUCCAGUUCAUUGCAAUUGACCCUGUAAAACCAUUUUUACUUUCAACUCGCCCUGUAUUAAAUUAAGCAAGAUCUUAGGACACUACAGCUUGUCUUAAUGCCCAUUUAAUUUCAUAAAAUGCGGAACAGGACACAUGCCAGCCAGUGGAUUUUCAAUGCAUUUUCUUUUUUUCUGAAAUGGCAAUAUUUACCUCAAU